CGCACAGACACACAUGGCAGCCUGCUCAGUGCACACAAAUUAAAUCACGUCCUUACACAUCAUUGUGGAGGAAGCAGAGAGAAGCAGGGGACAGGGGGAGUGCUGCUAACUGCUGGAAUCAGUCUUCGACACACAGCACUGCAGUGAUCCUCGCUUCCUCCCUCGCAAAGCAAUGAUGCUGCUGUGAAGGACAGGGAAGCACUCUGACAGUGUGUGUACACAAAACAGCCAGACAGGACAAGAAGCUGGCUGCUGGAACAUGCAGGGAUAGAUUUGUCACUGAUGGUUAUGCACGCCAUUCAGGUUUGAGGUAAUCGAAUCAGAAAACUGUGCAAUUCCUCUGUGCACUUGCUACCACUCCCAAGACAGUGACAGAUAUAAGGGAGAGGGAAUUGAGGCUACAUGGACAUGCCUGUCAUCUCUAGAAGGAAUGGAUACUGAAUAAUGAUGUCCAGUUUGAACAGGAAUUUAACAGAAACUACAUUGCUGAAAAGGGAAAGGCAUUCCAUCAACUGGAAUAAGCCAUUUUUCUUACAUAAAGGAGGGGAAUGCCAUGAAAUCUACUGAGUUCUGGACCUGCAAGUGGUUGCUGCACUUCUUUGCUCACCCCUGCUGAGACUGACUGAAUUGGUACUUGCCUGUUUGAUCAUCUGACAUUGCUUUUACUUUAGUGUGAGGUGCACGGUAUACCUGACAAGCCUACUGCAGCAACCACUGCAGCUUUCAAGAAGUACAGUCUCCCUUCAGCCAACCACAUCACAAGGAACAUGGGAUGUCGUCAAAGCUCUGAGGAGAAGGAGGCAGCAAGGCGUUCCAGGAGGAUUGAUCGGCAUCUCCGCUCAGAGAGUCAGCGUCAGCGCCGUGAGAUCAAACUCCUGCUGCUAGGAACCAGCAACUCGGGCAAAAGCACCAUUGUCAAGCAGAUGAAAAUUAUCCACAGUGGCGGGUUCAACUUGGAGGCAUGCAAGGAAUACAAGCCCCUCAUUAUUUAUAAUGCUAUAGACUCUCUUACACGCAUUAUCCGUGCACUAGCCACCCUCAAAAUAGAAUUCCAUAACCCAGACAGAGCUUAUGAUGCUGUUCAACUCUUUGCUCUGACUGGGCCUGCUGAGAGCAAAGGAGAGAUUACACCUGAACUGCUUGGAGUAAUGAAGCGCUUGUGGGGUGAUCCUGGCGUCCAGGAAUGCUUCUGCCGGUCCAACGAGUAUCACUUGGAAGACAAUGCAGCCUACUACCUGAAUGAUCUUGACAGAAUUGCAGCAGCUGACUACAUCCCAACUGUAGAAGAUAUUUUACGUUCAAGAGACAUGACCACAGGCAUAGUGGAAAACAAGUUUACUUUCAAAGAGCUGACAUUUAAAAUGGUGGAUGUGGGAGGGCAGCGGUCUGAACGGAAGAAAUGGAUUCACUGUUUUGAAGGGGUUACAGCAAUAAUUUUCUGUGUGGAGCUGAGUGGAUAUGACCUGAAGUUGUAUGAAGACAACCAAACAAGUCGAAUGGCUGAAAGUUUGCGUCUGUUUGAUUCUAUCUGCAACAACAACUGGUUCAUCAACACUUCACUUAUCCUGUUUCUGAACAAGAAAGAUCUCCUUGCAGAAAAGAUAAAACGAAUUCCAUUGAUGGUGUGUUUCCCAGAAUACAAGGGUCAAAACACAUAUGAAGAAGCUGCCGUUUACAUUCAGCGGCAAUUUGAGGACCUGAACCGCAACAAGGAAACUAAAGAAAUCUACUCCCACUUUACCUGUGCUACAGACACCAGUAACAUUCAGUUUGUUUUUGAUGCAGUCACUGAUGUGAUAAUUCAAAAUAACUUGAAAUAUAUUGGGCUCUGCUAGACAAUUGUCCAUCUAAUAUAGAACAAAAUCCAUUCAGGAUUCGGGAGGUCAAGAAUAAAAUUAAAUAGGAACAGUGCUGGAUCUGGCACCAAACAAUGGCAAGGAAAAUUACCACAGUGACGAUAACUGGAUGAGGUCUGACUACUGCACUGAUUUGCUUAACGAAUUCACUAAAAUUCUGGUGAUUUGCAAUCCAGUAUCAUGAGUUCCAGUAUGGAAUCAUGAGAAACACUGUGAUCUCUGAAAUAACCUCUCCUUUUUAUGUGAUGUGACUGAGCUAUGGUUUAUUUACUCUCUGCCAUUCCAGACAUCAUACAUGCAAUCUAUAAAAUCAAAAGCUGAGUUAAAUGUAUGCAGGUCAAAGAUAACUUGUCAACGUAAACAGGCAACAGUCCUUUUCUUCAAGUUCGGUUUAAAAAGGGGGGGGUCAUAUAAUACUUGACUCCUUGUAAAUAAGAAAUAAUUCAACAAAACGUUUUUUAAGGAAAGAAAUUAAACAUUUAAUUUACUUGAUAUAAU